GCAUGUUAGCAGUGUUGCUAAAAACAUUGAAGAGGACGUACCUAAACAACGUCUGCUACCUUUGAUACGUCUGCAUAUGAGAGACCGUGUGUGAAUUAAGGCAUAUACUUGUUAUUUUUGUCUUUGAAGGCAUUUAUAAAAUACUGUUAGUUUGUUAAAAUACACGCUAGUUUGUUUUAUAGCAGUAAGUCAGCGUGGGGCUUACUUAUCCAAAAUGGAUGACAGCAAGAUGAUGGGCGGAAAAAUCAAGAAACCAGGAAAGCGUGGCCGGAAGCCAGCCAAGAUCGACCUGAAGGCCAAGCUGGAGAGAAGCCGCCAGAGUGCCAGGGAAUGCAGAGCCCGGAAGAAGCUGCGCUACCAGUACUUAGAGGAGUUGGUGUCCAACAAGGAGAGGGCCAUCUGCGCCCUCAGAGAGGAGCUGGAAAUGUACAAGCAGUGGUGCUCGGCCAUGGACCAGGGCAAAAUCCCUUCGGAGAUCAAAGCUCUUCUGACGGGCGACGAUCAAAAGACGUCACAGAGCUCCAGCACCAAGACACCCAAAAACGGAAAGUACAGCGGCAAUAACCAGAGCAAGUGUACCUAAACCAAAUGAGUCGGGAUCAAGUGUAUCCUCCUCUAUUAUUGGUGGACAUGAACUGUGUUGAGGGUCUAAGGCCAAAUUUCCAGCUGCAGAUCCCUUCCAGGGCGCAGUUACAGUCGUUCCAAGUGUGUUACUAUUGCCUUACAAAUGCACCCGCUCAGCUUACAAGUGACCCUAUAGGUACAGUCAGAAUUCAUGAACACAGUGAGGGGUAACCCCAUGCUGUCAUGGUCAUAAUUGCGGUCCCAUUUGAUUAAAUCCUUGUGUUUUUGCUCUUGUACUGUAUAUUUGAGAUGCUCAGAGAUGUUGCAGAUGAAUCGCUUUGUUAUAACUUAAGGCCUUCAUAGGGGGAGUACAUUUGUUCAGUAAUGCUGAUCCUUGUUUCUUAUUCAUUGAGGACUAACAUAUUGCUCAGUGGGACAUCUCCGGAUUAACUUUUGACCAUUUUGCAUUCUUUGUUCUCAAACUCCUUUAUACUUGCAUAUGGACUUCAUUAUUUUGCCGAAACAUAGCUUGUUGUUGCGUAGUGCAGACAUAUGUAGGUCUGAUGCAAUUACUUUGGUGUUCGGAGAUGUUUGCUUUGUAAUGUGGCGGCAAUAGAGGAUAAUUUGUUUAUUUUGUGAAAUAAUUUCUGCGCUUUCCCCACCAUUUUCUUGAGUAUGAAUGUCUGUCUUUAAAAUUAUUAUGCAUUGAAACAUAUUUUAUUUUUGUACAUAUUUAUUUGUAUACCCUUGUAAUAUUUAUGUGUUUGAGACCUUUCCAGAUCUCCUUAUCUUAUUUCCUAACCAGUGUUUUGCACUUAACACUGCCCCCGUCAUCCCCAAGCAAAGACUGAACAAUCAUCUAUCUCUUGGAGUGGUCUUGCCCCCUAGAAAAUCUAAUAAUUCUUGCUUUGGAUAAUGAUAUGCACUUUAAGUACCGCUUAGGUGGUCUGUGGGAAACAGAGUGGCUACAGUGGCUAAUUUUGUCAGGUAGCCUAUAAAUGAAGGCUAAUAUUCUGUACAGUUUCAUUCUUAUUUGAGACAUUAUGGAUAGCAAAUAUACAUAAAAGCACUUUGAUAUUUUAGUUGUUGCUCAUAACACUUAAGAAUAUUAUUAUUGUUAUUAAGAAUUGCUGUAGUGUUUCUUUGAUUUGAGGACCUCUAUAGAAUUGCUUUAACAUUGUGUUAUUCCUUUUUUCCAAGAUAAUUAAAGACAACAUUUCAGUUGCAUUUUAUGCUUUAGGUAUUGUGUAGACUACAAUCAGUAGUUCAUCAGAUAAAUCAGUAGGCCUCUACAUUUUCCAGUCGAACUCUUCUUACAUUUUGUUUUAUAUUGUAUUAUGUUGAACAUCUCGUGUAAAAGAAGUGAUUGGGAUUUGGUUUACUUUGUGUAACUUUGUGUUGGAAAAAGCCUAACGUGGACCGAAACAGAAUGUGAAAUGCUUUUCAAAAUGUACAUAAAAAGUAUGUUGAAAUGGGGGGGUAAAGGAGACAUGAGCUAGAGUUAGAAACGUUGUUUUUAAGGAAUUGUGGCUAAGUAAUUGUAGUAAAGAACUGAUUUGGUUAAGGCAAGUUGGGCUAGAAAUACGCCUUGUGGUUAACCCGAGGAGGGUGAAUCAUGCUUUUCAGAACUCUCUUCUGAUUGGAUGCAUCAGCUCUGUUAUAUGUGACUUAGAUUAUUACCCAAUGCCAUGAAAGUGCAUUACAGACAUUGUGUAAUGAUGGGUCAUUUCCCAUCUUUUGCGAACGCAAAUUAUCGGCAGGUGGUAUGUCUGCACACACUGCUCAUAGCAGUGGCCUCCCUACUCAAAACUACAAAACUCUUUUUAUCAGAUGUACACAUGUUGAACAGAGUUAAUUGUUGAUUGUAUUUUAGAUGUGUCUAUUUACUUUUAUCUGCGGAACAGGAGAUAUUGCAUAUUUGUAUGGGCAGAGAUAUAUUUUUUAUAGAAGCAGGGGUGGAUUUUAUCUUGGUGCCAGGAGUACAGAUUGUCUAUGUUUGUGUAAUGCUGGGAAAUGUUAACAUAAAAGUGGAAAGCUACGACAUGGAUUUACUGACAUUAAAGAAAUGAGCUACUGUAA